AGUAUAUUCGUAGCACCACUCCACCCCUAAGGUGUACAAUGAGUAUUUUGUUUGAAUUCUCAACACUCCUAGAGGAAAGGUGUUAAUAUUCUAAAGGGCUCUUGGGAGAAUACUCCUCAGUACCGUAAAUGAAACAGGCAAUAUCUCACUCUUUUUUCAAAGUAUGAUUGGACAUACUAUUUGCUGAAUAUGUACUACGUCCUUUUCUAUAUCACGAUCUCUGCCCUGAAAUGCGGGGAAAGAAAUAGUAAAAUGUUGUGAUGGAAGCGACGGAAACAGUUUAAGCUGUGCCUACCAUUAGUAUGCACAAGCACAAACAGAUUGUCGUCCACAUUGCAAUAGAUCUUAUUAAUUACCGAGUAGCACGUAUUACAAGUUGCCCAUCCAGUGGUAACACCACAUUGUUGUUCUAGGACAAUCCAUUUAUAAAGAACACUUCGUACUUUGGGCAAAUAUUGCAAAACGGAAUUCUCAAAAUAGGACAUUGGUACUAAUCAAGCUUUGUACGAGAACGUUUCACCAACGAGUAUAACGGUCACGCAAUUUUUAUUGUACAAGUGGUUGGAAAUAUUCAUAUGGUAUUGUUCUGUAGGGCCAAUCGAAAAAAUCCUGAUUACAAGGCUACAAUGAAAUAGACACACUGAAAUAGAGGGAUGCAUGUAGUGAUAACGUGGAUACUAUAUGGUUCAAUUAGAUACAAUAAUAAAACCAAUGGUAUGAUUUUGUACUGUGAUAGCAAUGACCCAGUAUAUAAAUAUCCAACAUGUUGCACCCAUUUCAGUAUUUCGAAAGACACCAAUAAUAUUCAAAGAUAUUAACUAACAUAAUGAAAAUUUCCACUAUUGUACUCUCCUCCAUUGCUUCAUUAGCAGCUUCCGCCAACGCUGCUGCUGUAGAUGCUCCUCCCCCCCUCCCAACGUUUGAUGGUGCUACUUGCAAAUUAAAUUCCAAGGACUGGUUGCAAUACUACGAUGAUGGAUGGGAAGAGCUCGGGAGUGUGGGUCACUAUAUCGGAUACUUUUACACGUCUAAUAACCAUGCUAUAAAGGUGACCUUAACAGGUGGCUACAAUGGAACUGAUUUCUUUAUCGGCGAUAAUGCUCUCAAAGACUGUUCUUGUAUUCCAAAUGUAAAGCCUGACUAUCAUCUUCUUGAAGGUGCCACGACUGACUUGUGGGUCACGGUAGAUGAGAGAGAACUUCUCGGAUUCAGAAUGAAUAGUCACGCUGUUGAUUUCAAAAUUGAAUUGCAUAGUGAAACAAGUACUUGGAUGCCAGUAAUGAAGAUGGAAGCAUGCUCAAAGUAAAUAAUCAAAUAAGUACGAUUUAGUGCCAUUCCACCUAACACGAGUAUUUAAUUCUCUAUAAGCCAAUUUGUUAGGGUUUUUUUUCUACCUCUAUAUAGAUAUGAAC